GGGUCCCGCCACCAUCAACCAAGGUAAAUAUAACUGACGACUCGGAAAUCCUGGGGAAACUGGUUCUUGCAAUUUAUUAUUUUAUUUUGUAUUCUAUGAUGCUGACUGCUGCUUUCCAACCUGGCAGCUUUCCCUUUAUCUCAUCCAUUGUGGAACAACCACUCAUUGUCGAACGGUCCGACAUAAUUUCGCGCAGAUACGCUGGACUGUGAGGUUCUGUAGAAACGGAUACCGUUGAUUAAUCGUAUACCCCAUUAUACUACACCUAAACACGGGUUGGAAGCUGUUCAACUCGUCAGAGGACCAUACGCGUAAUAAAGUCCCUCUUCACGGUGCCCAGGGCUAGGAGGACAGUCACGUUCUGAAUUGUUAGCUUUCUUCUGCGGGUUUAUUUGCAACCAUGUCGACGAAAUCAACAUCAGGCCAAAAUGCCAAAAAUGCCAACAAGCCGGCUUCGGCCGCUACAAAUUUCAUUGCUGGAGGUGGUGCAGGAAUGAUGGAGGCGCUUGUCUGUCACCCAUUGGAUACAAUUAAGGUCCGAAUGCAGCUCUCACGAAGAGCGCGACAACCUGGUGCGAAACCGCGCGGUUUCGUGGCGACUGGUGCCGAGAUCGUCAGGCGAGAAACGGCUCUGGGAUUAUACAAGGGUCUUGGAGCUGUCUUGGGUGGUAUCAUUCCCAAGAUGGCAAUCAGAUUCACUUCCUAUGAGAAAUACAAGCAACUUUUAGCCAAUAAAGAGACAUUGGAAGUCUCGCGGAAGGGAACAUUCCUUGCUGGUCUCGCAGCCGGUGUCACGGAAGCCGUUGCCAUUGUCAACCCGAUGGAGGUCAUCAAAAUUCGCCUCCAAGCUCAGCAUCACUCUCUAUCAGACCCCCUGGACACACCUAAAUACCGCAGCGCACCACACGCACUAUUCACUGUCGUGAGGGAAGAAGGCUUUGGUGCCUUGUACCGUGGUGUAUCCCUCACUGCUCUCCGACAGGGCACGAACCAAGCAGCCAACUUCACAGCGUACACGGAACUCAAAUCCGCGUUGAAAAAAUGGCAACCCGAGUAUGCCAACAGGGAGCUUCCUUCAUGGCAAACAACGAUCAUCGGAUUGAUUUCCGGUGCCAUGGGACCUUUCUCAAAUGCCCCCAUCGAUACGAUCAAGACUCGUCUGCAACGCACCCCCGCAGAGCCUGGACAGUCGGCCAUUUCUCGGAUAACGACGAUCGCAGGCGAUAUGUUCAAGCAGGAAGGCGCGAAGGCUUUCUAUAAGGGUAUCACGCCGCGUGUCAUGCGUGUUGCUCCUGGCCAGGCCGUGACGUUCACCGUGUACGAGUAUUUGAAAGAGAAGCUCGAGAAGAGCAAAUGGUCGCUUGGUGGAGGACAGUAUGAAGAGUAAGAGCGUGCGUAUUUGGAGCGGCCCAUUUUGCAAGUGUUCUCAAAAGUGAUCUGCUUCUCAGGUUGGUGUUGAUGUUUUGAUACCACAAGCAUGAUGGCGUAAGAUCAUCUAGUCAUGUAUCGCAUUACUUCUGUUUGCCAAGGGGGGUGAGAGUGUCUGCAUCUUGAUUGUAAAUAUAUUCGUUUUAUAGAGUUUACUACAGCUCUUGAAUAGACUAUUCUAACUUGCAACUUGCAAGUCAUACAGAAA